AUGGCUACACAGAGCGUACCAAUUCAUCGUACAAAUACAAAUUCAAGUGCUUCAAAUAAUAAAACUGAGGUAUGGUUUAAUGCAUUUGAUUUUGCACCUGGUCAAGAUGAAAAUAUUCGUUGGCUUAGUCGUCCAAAUCAACAAUUAGUAGAAGAAAAACAUUCUUAUGAUGCAGAAAAAUUUCGUAUUACAUUUGAUGUUGAAAAUUUUCAGCCUGAUCAAAUUAAAAUUUAUAUUCAAAAUCAUAAAUUAACCAUAUCAGGUGUUUAUGAAGAACGUACUGAAAAUCGUUUUGUACAAAAAAAAUUUGAAAAAAAUGUUGAGCUUCCAGGUGAUGCUGAUGUUGAUUCAAUUGCAUCAUUUAUAACUCCAGCUCAUAUGCUUGUUGUUGAAAUUCCACUUCAUACAUCAACACAAGCUGAUCAUUUAAAUAUUACUAGCAAUCAAAAUAAUCAACGUCGUCUAUCAUUUUCAUUGGAUAAAUAUAGUACAUCAAAUAAUCAAGGUUUAUUAUCAACAUCAAAUGAUGUCUCUAGUUCUUCAACAACAGAUCAACAAAUUCAACGAACAUCUGUUACAAAAACUACAAAAAAAACGACAACAACAACGACAACAGGCGGCUUAACUGAUCUUACACAUGAUGCAGCUGAAUUACUUAAAAAUGUGGAUACAACAACUGCUAGCAAUAUUCAUUCUCAUAGUACACAUACAUCAGAACAUUAUUCAUCGGAUACAGGCAUUCAAAAAAUUGAUGUUGCUGACCCUGAUAAAUCAUCAUCAACAACAACUAAACAAAUAGUGUCAACAAGUUCGGAUUUGGCAAAUUUACCAAUAGAAAUUCCACCGGAACUUUUAGCUAGUGGUGGUACAAUAACAAUUAAACACCAAAAAGUUACAACAAUAAAAGAAAUCCAAGGAAACAUUGAUCAAGGUAUUUCUAUACCAAUUGCACAUAGCACUGAUGCACAAUCAACAACAACUAAACAAACAGUAUCAACAAGUUCGGAUUUGGCAAAUUUACCAAUACAAAUUUCACCGGAACUUUUGGCUAGUGGUGGUACAAUAACAAUUCAACACCAAAAAGUUACAACAAUAAAAGAAUUCCAAGGAAACAUUGAUCAAGGUGUUUCUAUACCAAUUACACGUAGCACUGAUGCACAAUCAACAUCAACUAAAACUACAAGUACAACAAACAAUACAUCACAAAACACAUUAAAUCAACAACAGUCAAGCACUAGUGAACGUCAUGAUUCAAAAACAACAUCAAGCAGUAAUCAAAAUAGAAAGUAUACACUUGAAGAAUUUCUUCAAAAUAAAACCUGGAAUCCAUCACUUGUUGAUGGUCCUGAUGGCAAGAAAGUUCUCUAUAUGCGUUUACAAAUGAAGCCAGGUACAACAUUGGAUCAAAUGAAAAUUUCACUUAAUGGAUAUGAUUUACGCAUCGAAGUUAAUAAUAAAGUAUCAACUGAUGGUAUUCACUAUAUGAGUGAACAUAGUUAUCGUCAAGUUACUCUGUUUUCUUCUUGUGAAGUUGAUCAUUUGACAACAGAAUUGAAAGAUGAUGGUUUUCUUCAUAUACAAGUCCCUAUCAAAUUAUAA